AUGCGCACAAUGCCGGUUCCGCGGGCGAGGAGGUUGAUCUUUACGGUACGAAUCCUCUUUCGCGGCCUUGACCCCCGUCUGACCGCGUUACCAGCGCUUUUAAGCAUCGAACAGGAUGCCUCACAAGAGCAGAUCAAGAAGGCAUAUCGAAAGGCUGCUCUCAAGUACCACCCAGACAAAGUUCCGGAGGAGCAACGGCAAGAAUCGGAAGUCAAGUUCAAGGAGAUCACCCAGGCGUACGAGAUACUCAGCGACGAACAGAAGCGCCAUCUCUACGACACCCAUGGCAUGGCCGCCUUCGACCCUUCCCGAGGCGGCCCCGGCGGCCCCGGCGUUGACCUCAACGACAUCAUCUCCCAAAUGUUCGGUUUCGACAUGGGUGGCCCCAGCGGUUCCGGCGGCCAGCGACGGCCGCGACGAGGGCCCGACGAGGAACAGGAAUACAAAGUGACUCUCGAGGAGCUCUACAAGGGGAAGACGGUCAAGUUCGCCGCCAACAAGCAAGUCGUCUGCGGCCAGUGCAAAGGUUCCGGCGGCAAGGAAAAGGCAAAGGCCAGCUCUUGCGAACGUUGCAAGGGCAACGGCAUCGUCGAGGCGAUCCGGCAGGUUGGUCCCGGCAUGAUGAGACGCGAGACUGUCCUGUGCGACCACUGCCAAGGAGCCGGCAACGUCUACAAGGAAAAGGACCGGUGCAGGAAAUGCAAGGGCAAGCGGACUGUGCAAGAGAAAAAGGUGCUGGAGAUAUACAUCCCGAGGGGCUCCAUGCAAGGCGAGCGCAUCGUGCUGGAGGGCGAAGCAGACCAGUAUCCCGACCAGAUACCCGGAGAUAUUGUCUUUACCCUCGUGGAGCAGCAGCAUGACACCUUCUCGCGACUCGGAAACGACCUAUCGGCCGAGCUGACCAUCACGCUGGCCGAGUCCCUGACUGGAUUCUCGCGAGUCGUGCUGAAGCAUCUCGACGGACGAGGCAUCGCCAUGGAGCGCCCGCGCGGACGGCUGUUGCGACCCGGGGAAUGCUUGAAGAUUCAGGGAGAGGGCAUGCCCGUGAAGCGAGGCGACGCCAAGGGGGACCUCUAUCUUCUCGUAAACGUCGAGUUUCCCGAGGAUGGAUGGUUGGGCAAUGACACGGCAUACGAGACGCUUAAAAACAUGUUACCUCCUCCUGGGGCGCCGAUGGAGGCCGAAGAGGUGGAUGACGUCGAGUACGAGGACGGGGCCGAUAUUGGAAAGAUGGGCGAAAACUCCGAUGACCCUCGGUUUGGCAACGACUGGGAAGAUGAGGAUGUCGAAGAUGGGCAGCCGCAGUGUCAGACGCAGUGA